UUGCUUUUUUACUAGACAAAAAAACAUUUUGCGUUUUAUAUAUUAAUACGCCAUUUUCAAAACAAUAAAUAAGUAAAAUUUGAUUUAAAAACGGCCAUCGAUAGAAAGACUGUGGGUGCAUUGCUUACCGAACGCACGCUUAUAAAUAAAACCGCUUUGAGUUUCUCGUUCUACUCUCCAGCAGCCUAUAUAAAUAAGCGCGUUCUGAGAGCAGGUUUUGCAUUUGAAACAAAACAGUGCUCGCGCACGUGCAACGCAAUUCAAUAAUCGCAAUUCGACAGUAAAUAUAACUAAGUUAAACUCGAAUUCAAGCAAUAGUCUUAGUCAGUCGCAGCAUGUCUCAACAACCUGUGGCAUUUUUGACGCGCCGAGAAACUUUCAGCGCUUGCCAUCGAUUGCACAGUCCCCAAUUGAGUGAUGCUGAGAACUUGGAAGUCUUUGGCAAAUGCAACAAUUUUAACGGACAUGGACACAAUUAUACGGUUGAGCUAACAGUACGUGGUCCCAUCGAUCAACGCACUGGCAUGGUGCUAAAUAUAACAGAGUUGAAGGAUGCCAUUGAGACGGUUAUCAUGAAGCGUCUGGAUCAUAAGAAUCUGGACAAGGAUGUUGAAUACUUUGCCAAGAUUCCGAGCACAACGGAGAAUCUAGCUGUUUAUAUUUGGGACAACAUACGUACACAUCUAAAAAAGCCGGAGCUAUUGUACGAGGUGAAAAUAUUCGAGACACCAAAGAAUAUUAUAACUUAUCGUGGACCUUAUCAAUUGAAUGGUCUUUACAAUUCAUUAAACAAACGCACUGCACGCGACUCAUGUACCAAUAUAUCAUCGGAUUCAGAUUAGAUGGAAUCCGGGAAAUUACUUACGAAUUUUGGACCAAUGCUCAGUGAAGCACAAUCAAAUAUGCGCUACUAAAAUACUUACACACUCUAAAACUGCACAUAGAGAAGACAUUUAGUUAUUAUCUAACGAGUUAUACGAUUUACAGAGUAUAUAUGCAUAGACUUUUUUACAUUCAAAUGAAUAUUGUGAGAAUUAUAAAGAAUAAAUAUAUUAUACCAACAAUAUGCA